AUGGCGGCGGAAAAUAUCGACGACGCUCCGCUGCCCAAGGCGCGCGACGACGCCCGCCUGCAAAAGGCCCAGCAGACUAUCGAGCCGGACUCGGACGACGACGAAGACGACGAAGACACGGCCGACGACGAUGUCGACGAGGAGCCCAAGCUCAAGUACAGUCGCCUCACCAGAGACUUGGGCCCUAUAUACCGCAAUGGUGACGCGACGGCCACCUUCAUGGUCGCUGGAGACAAGAUGAUUAUAGGUACCCACAAUGGAAACAUCCACGCGUUGAACUUACCUGCCUUCAACAUCCUGCGCACCUACAAUGCCCACCCUGCCGCCUCGGUCACCGCUCUCUCUGUAUCGCCACUGCUUGCCUCCCAGCCCUUUGUGCCCUCCGCCUCGGACCUGAGGUCUGCCGACCAGGCAAAUGCUUCCUCUCGACGAACCGACUCGCCAGCAGGUAACACUUCGUCUCCUCGCGCACCGCGCCAAGCCCAAGUCCCGCCUACGCCCUCGAACCAGAUAUAUAUUGCUUCCUCGUCUAUAGACGGACAUGUCUGUGUGUCUUCACUCGUUGACCCAAAGGAUGUUACGCUACGCAAUUUCGGCCGCCCAGUGCAAGCCGUAGCUCUCUCGCCUGACUACAAAAACGACCGCUCGUACUUGUCUGGUGGACUGGCUGGUGAGUUGAUCCACACCGUUGGUGGACCCAUAGGCGUGCGAUCCAACGCCAACACCAGCGCGGCAUCGCAGGCUGCACAUGGGUGGCUCGGCGCAAUAGGUCUCGGUGGGCAUGGAGGCAGAGACACCAUUUUGCAUUCGGGUGAAGGCACCAUCACCGCCAUAAAGUGGUCUCUGUCUGGCAAGUUUGUAGCCUGGGCAAAUGAACACGGCGUGCGCCUAAUGCGAACGGACCUGCACCUGGACAGCGCAGAUUCAGACGAUGCCUGGAAGAGAAUCGGCAUCAUCGAAAAACCAAAUCGCCGCGUAUGGCAAGACAUGGCCAGCGUAUGGAAACCGCGAAUAGAAUGGAUUGACGACCAGUCGCUCGAGUCUGAUGACGAUGCUAUCAUGAGUAUGAAUGGACACCACCUUGUGGAUAAGGCCGAUGCUACACUACCGCACAACCGAUCUUCCCAACCUACCAAGGAAGGGAACAAGAAGAACAUGGAAAAGCUCAUCAUAGGAUGGGGAGACACUGCUUGGAUCGUUCACGUGCGCCCUGGUGGAUCUGGUGUUGGCCGCAAUGUGGGUGAGAGAUCGGUUGGAACCGCCGAUGUCAUCCGCUGCAUUCAUUUCGACGACUGUAUUGUUUCUGGCAUUUCGCUUUAUACCCCUUCUUUACUUCUUGUUCUUGCAUACCGGACACGCGACGAUGAUGACAACCCCGUAUCCGGCCCGGAUACUACUCCCCGCGGAGGAAGACAGCGUCGCACAAACGGUCUCUCUCCAGAACUCAAACUCAUAGAUGCUGCAACCUCUGAUGAGGUUGAAGUUGACUCUUUAACCGUCAGUAGAUAUGAAAGCCUUUCAGCUGCUGAUUACCACUUGGGCACCCUCUACGUCCCACAUCCGAAGACGAUGACUCCUGCGCAAAGAAGCGCAUUGGAGGCUAUCGGUGGAGGAAUAUGGGAUGUUGGCGCGAGUGCAGCACGUAUAUUUAGUUCUGGAGCCAGUGUUAUGAACCUUCAAAUCGGCUCUGACAAGCCGCCAUCGAGAGCGCCAUCCAUGUCUUCGGCCAGUGCUGGAAACAUUUCUGGUUCAACACCUACUAAGCGCCAACAACCGGUACAUCCAAAUGCUGCCAGCGCAGGUCUAAAGGUUUUCAUACAAAGUCCAUAUGACUGUGUAUUGGCUAUUAAGCGAGAGCUUUCCGAUCAUUUCCAGUGGGAGCUGGAACAUGAAAACUAUAAAGAUGCAUGGGAGCUUUUAGAGGAUCAUCCUGAGAUUAUCUCGUCAGUCGUACAGAUACCAUCAGACGCCUCUGAUACUGGUACGCCAGUAAACAAGCAAGGAAGCUUGCACGAGUUCUUCGCCGAUGACGAUUCUCAAACAACACUGUCUGCCACAAGGGCUAAUCAGAACUCGGCGGUAGAGAAAGAGAAGCGCAGAAUCGGAGAUUUAUGGGUACAACAGCUCGUCAGUGCGGGCGACUGGAAACAAGCAGGCAAGGUGGCGGGACGUGUACUCGGGACUUCCGCGCGAUGGGAACACUGGGUGUGGAAAUUCGCCCAGACGAAUCAUUUCAACGAGAUUUCGCCGUACGUCCCCAAGAAACCGAUACAACCACCACUACCUUCCAUGGUGUAUGAAGUGAUCCUUGGGCACUACAUCAUUCACGACCGCAUACGCUUCAAGCAUCUGCUCGAAGAUUGGGAUCCUGAUCUGUUUGACAUUAAUAGUGUCAUCGAGGCUAUCAAGAGUAAACUCUCUGCUGGCGAUGUCACUGAAGAGUCUAUCGAAGGAGAUGUGCAAGGGAGAGAUUGGCGAAUAUUGCAAGACGGCUUGGCGAAGUUGUUCCUGGCAAGUGGUCGGCAGAGAGAGGCACUGCGUUGCUAUAUCCGCCUGCAGAAUUCAGAGGCAGCCAUGACCCUCAUACGCGACUUUCAUCUUGUGGAAGCUGUCCGUGAUGAUAUCCCUGGAUUCAUUAUGAUGGGUGUCUCUAAAGAGCUGAUGAAGUCAGCAUCAACAAAACUGGAGGAGUUGGAAGAGGCAUCGGCAGAAGCUAUCAAUGUCCUUGUCGAGGAGGGUUGCCGAGGCACCAUUCCAGCAAGUGAUGUCGAGAGUCAACUGCAGGCCAAGGGACCGUCGUUCAGGCCCUUUUUACACUUCUAUCUGCGGAAGCUUUGGAAGCCGGAGAUGCAUGAGCGCACUGCUAAGACAGCCAAAGAACGAGUAGCUGAAGAUCGUUUGGUAGCCGAUGGCAAGCUUGUUGCUGAAGAGUUUGCAGACCUCAUGGUUGAGCUGUUUGCAGAGUAUGACCGACCGCUGCUGAUGGAGUACCUCCGCAAAUCCCAGAGCUACGAUCUGAGCAAGGCAACUGCAGAAUGCGAGAGGAGAGAGUAUAUUCCAGAACUUGUACAUAUCCUCUCCAAGACGGGCCAAACGAAGCGUGCUCUCUACCUCAUCAUUGAGAAACUCUCCGAUGUCAGCUUCGCUAUUUCUUUCGCCAAGGAACAGGACGACCCUGAUCUCUGGAACGAUCUGCUGGAAUACUCCAUGGACAAGCCGCAUUUUAUCCGCGGUCUUCUCGAAGAAGUCGGUACUGCAAUUGAUCCUAUCAAGCUCGUACGCCGCAUCCCCGAAGGUCUUGAGAUCGAAGGCCUACGAGAUGGCAUUGGCCGUAUGGUCCGCGAGUACGAAAUUCAAUAUUCCAUCUCCGAAGGUGUCGCACGAGUGCUGCGUGGUGAAGUAGCAGCGGGCAUGGACACAUUGCGCUCUGGCCAGAAACGCGGUGUCAAAUUCGAAGUUGUUCCUUGCGAUGGCGGCCUCUCCGGAAAACAAGCAAAGCACCACCACGCCAAGGGGCAAAUCGAUAUCGAGACUAAAGGCAUGGAUCCCGCGACUGCCGCAAAACUCACGGCUAAAGCAGACAAAUCAACAAAAGCCGUGAACACAGUUAAUGCACUGAACAUUGAUCCUACUCCACCCGGCCCACCAGAAGGCGACGCUCCGCCCGGACACUGUGUCGGCUGCCACCGUCCCUUUACUCUCCCCACUGCCGAAGAAGAAUCCGCCAUCAGCGAUGGAACCACUCCGUUGCCACCCUCUCGCGACACACUUGUCGGCUUCGCAUGCGGUCACGUCUUCCACCUCGCAUGUCUUCUACCAAAGACAAACGCAAGCGAAAGCGUCGCAGCGGGACUACAGCAGCAGCUUGCAAACGACGCCCAAGAGAGCGGCGGCAGAUGGACACGCAGUGUAGGUGCGAAGGUGGCACAUGCGCAUGUUAUCAAGAAGGCGGUGGUGUGUAUGUGUAUGCAAGAAUGA